AAUUCAACAACUUGUUAUGCUUUUUUUUAAAAGGAGAAUACAGUUGUUUGAAAGCAGAAUUUUACUUAAGAAGAUCUCUUGGAUAUCAUCUGGUACAGUCUUAUUUACCAACUAUAUUGAUAGUUGUUAUCUCUUGGGUAUCGUUUUGGCUCGAUGUAGAAUCUAUCCCCGCAAGAACAACACUUGGUGUAACGACUCUGUUAACAAUUUCUUCAAAAGGAGCUGGAAUUCAAGUAAACUUGCCUCCUGUCUCUUACGUUAAAGCUAUAGAUGUAUGGAUGGGUACUUGUACUACAUUCGUUUUCGCUGCUCUUCUGGAAUUUACGCUUGUAAAUUACAUGGGAAGAAAGAGAUACAAUUUUGGAAAAAGGGAUAUUUCCGUUCUCCAAUUGGAAAGUUCUUGUAAAGAUUCAGAUAAAGAAGACUCAAUGGUACAUUUAAAAAGUAGC